AUGAGAACAUUCGCUGCAGGAAUCUGCCAGCCUGCCCUGAUCAUGCUCCACGGAUUGGCCGAUCUCUUUUCCUACGCUGGCUCUGUGAUGGAAGACACAUUCAGUCUCCUAAGGCGAUAUGGGAUGCAGGAUAUAAUGGCCAGUAGGCUUCCCAAAAAUAUCGCCAACGCGCUUCACCAGCCAAGCAGAAUUUUCAAGCCGGGACCUGCCAUAUUCCUAGAUGCGUCUGAACAGUCCGCUCUUCGGGAAAGCCCCGAGCCGACACCCAUGGCCACAGACCGUGGCGAAAGCGAGCUCUUCAGACCUCCCUUCCACUCGAGAAAGGAUGUGCGGAUCGAAUUGGACCCCAACGACAGCGAGGCGUUGACCCCUUCUUCUGCUUCCUGGACCACGCCGUCGCAGAUGCAUUGGAAUGAUGGCGUGAUAGAUGCUCAGAGCAACGCAAGCUAUGCGCACGCCUAUGGCGGUGCUUCUGCGGCACCCAUGGAUGAAACACUCCAAGCUCCCGCCCACGGUGCUGAUCUGUCCCUUCAAUCCUUGCAAGCGCCAGACAGUCAAAUUGCAAAGGGAGAUUUGUUGCCCAGUGCAAUAACCUCCCUCACACCGGGGAUAUUUGGUUCGGAUCCCGCCAAGGAUAGGGAGUCGCAGUUUCUCGGUGACGUCAGCCGAUUGUCGUGCUUUGACCCUUUGGGCCAGUCGUGGCCCCCGAUGUACUCGGACGGCAAUGUUGAGAUGUGA